AUGGGACAUGGAAAUCAGACCAGUGUCUCUGAGUUUCUUCUCCGUGGGGUCUCCCAGCAGCCAGAACACCAAAACCUCUUCUUUGGAUUGUUUCUGUGUAUGUACCUGGUCACCAUGGCAGGGAAUGUGCUCAUCUUCCUUGCCAUCAUCUCUGAAGCUCGCCUCCACACUCCCAUGUAUUUCUUCCUGGCAAGUCUCUCCUUUGCUGACAUUGGUCUGUCCUCCAGUAUUGUCUUGAAGAUGCUCCAUAAUCUCUAUACUCAGCAUCACACCAUCUCCUAUACAGGAUGCCUGACACAACUCUAUUUCUUUCUGUCAUUUGGAGAUAUGGACAAUUUCCUGCUUACUGUGAUGGCAUAUGAUCGCUACAUGGCCAUUUGUCACCCAUUACAUUAUACCACAGUUAUGAGACCCCAGUUCUGUGUCCUUCUGGUGAGUGUGUGUUGGGUGAUCACUAAUCUCCAUGCUCUGUUACACACUUUGCUUAUGGCAAAACUAUCCUUCUGUGUAGUAGGGGAAAUAUCCCACUUUUUUUGUGACAUUAGUCCCCUGUUGAAAAUUUCUUGCUCUCCCACUCGUUUAAAUGAAUUAAUUGUCUUUUUUGUUGGUGGUCCAGUUAUGGCAGUUCCCUUCCUAUGCACUCUGGUCUCUUAUAUCUGUAUUGUCUCUGCCGUUCUCAGGAUGCCGUCCUCAGGGGGUGGCAGGAGAAAGGCUUUCUCCACAUGUGGCUCUCAUCUCUCUGUGGUCUGUGUCUUUUAUGGUACACUUUUCAGUGUGUAUUUCAGUCCUCCAUCUAUUUACCCCAUCAAAGAUAUUGUGGCUUCUGUGGUAUACACAGUGGUAACUCCAAUGCUUAACCCUUUCAUUUAUAGCUUGAGAAACCAAGACAUGAAAGUGGCCUUAGGGAAUCUCCUUAGAGGAAAGAUAUUUGCCUCUGAGACAUAUUAA